AUGGUUAACAAGGUCCAUAGGAUCAAUAGAUUAAGGGCCCUUGUUCAGCCACCCAGAAAGGGUGGCAGAGGUGAUUCUCAGGGUUAUUCUUUAGUAGUGGAUUUAAUGUAUCAAUCCUGUGUGGUGGCCAUCUUAGGGGAUGAUACUAGACCGGACUUGAUUGUGUUAGAUAUGAUGGACUUCGACUUGAUUCUAGGCAUGGAUUGGUUGUCUACACAUCAUACAGUUUUGAAUUGCUUCUCCAAGAAUGUUACCUUGUGUAUACCCAGUAUUCCUCAAAUAUCUAGUCAUGUGCCAUAUGGUGUAAUCUUCUUCCUCAGGGCUCAGCAGUUAAUAGGAAAGGGUUAUCUAGCCAAUCUUAUUUAUGUCUAUGAAACUAGUGCUGAAACUCCUUCUGUUCAUUCUAUUUUGGUGGUUUGGGAGUUUCCUAAUAUUAUUCCCACUAAUCUACCUGGUCUUUUUUCUGAGCGUGAUAUAGAUUUUGGUAUUGAUGUUGAGUUUGGUACACAGUGA